AUGCCACCAGGCAAGGUACCUCAGAAUAUGGCUGAACACGUUGCCGAAGAUACUCUACAGGUCAAGCCGGACCACGAUAAAACCCAGAGUGGUGGUGGUAAGACAAUCUUCUUUGGCAUCUCGUCAUCAUACGUCCAAGACUGGGAUGCGGCGGCUGCCUUCAGAGAAAUAUAUCAGAAUUGGAGAGACGCCAUCUUGGCACGCUUCAGCCUGAGCCGCCUCGACUUUCAGCCCGUCUAUGAAGACCGGGGCGAUUGUGUAGCGGUUGUUGUCCCUGAUCCCACUCGUCAAGAUCGCCAGGGUCGUGCUUUGGGGUUUAUCAAGUACAACAAGCACGACGGUUGCGUAACAAUCUCCAACAGCUGUGUGGAAAUAGGGCUGAAUGUGCUUGAGCUCGGAUACUCGUCGAAGCGACUCGAUUCUAACGCCGCCGGCUGCCAUGGAGAGGGUCUCAAAUUGGCAGCGCUGGUGAUGGUGCGCAGUGGGUUGAAUGUAGACCUCUUUGCCAGCCGAAACCACUGGCGCUUCGGCCUGUUGAGAUCUCACUUUUACUGUGAAAUCAAGCCGUCUGAAGACAAUGGUUCCGCUGGCCGUGAUCCCGCCGAGGACAUGUUUCGGCUAAGCCCCAUGGCAGACAGGGAUGUCACUUUGGAGAUUCGAGCACCCUCGGAAUCGAAGAAAAACGCGCUGUCCUUGGAUGAUUUUCACGGCUGGCUGGCCAUAACUUGUGAUAUUCGAGGAUUGACACAUCCUUCGGACAUCCUGGAAACCGACGCCGGGGAUCUCAUCCUUGAUCCCAAAUUCUACGGCCGCAUCUACCUCAACGGAAUGCACCUCCCAUGCUCAGGGUCGGAACUCCAGCAGUAUCGAUUUGCGUAUAAUUUUCUGCAUGGGAAGGUGAAUCGCGACCGACAGAUUUUGGUCGACCGAGACGAGGAAGCCAACAUGGUGCGACGAAUCUGGGAAGCCGCAAUCCGGAAACAUCGGGUUGCUUUCCUUCCCAUCUACGUUAACCUGCUGCGGAAUUUUCCCAAGGCGCUGGAUAUUGAAUCGGCGGCUCAUUUUCUGGAAUCUCCAACCAAGCAUCUCAUCUGGAAGUAUCUGCUGGACGAGGCUGGCGAUGACAAAUUUUAUUACAAUGAGAACUCCAGUGCCGAGGUAAGUUCCCUUUGA